ACUAUCAUUUCAGGUGGAAUCUUAACGAAAGAAGAUUUGGCCAACUUCAAACCAGAAUUGAUCGAAAAACCGCUAGUGAACGAUCAUUUCGCAGAGGAUUUAGCGAUGUGCGGCCCUCCGCCACCCUCUUCAUUUACAGUCACUCAACUCAUCAUAUCCGUUCUUGCCAGAUUUUACAGUCCCAAGUCCGACAAGGAACUUCUCUAUAAGAAUCCGCUUUUCUAUCAUCGUCUUAUUGAAGCACAGAAGUUUGCGUAUGCUCAACGCACUCUCCUAGGUGAUGUGAAUUUCGUUAAAUCAGCCAAAGCAUUGGCUGAAAAUAUGACAACAAAAGGCUACACCGAUUGGGUAUUUGAGAGGAUGAAAAAUAGAGCACAACCAUCUGAAUAUUACGGAGGCACAACGCAAGCUCAGAAAAGUGAUCAUGGGACUUCGCAUGUAUGCGCACUGGACGCCGAAGGAAAUGGAGUUUCGGCAACAAGCACUGUGAAUCGAUGGUUCGGUGCUGUAGUUCAAUCGGAUAAACUUGGAAUCGUUUGGAAUGACGAAAUGGACGACUUCUCAUCACCAGGUAUGGCGAAUGGAUUCGGUUUUGCGCCUUCAGAGACAAACUUCAUCGUGCCCGGCAAGAAACCAAUGAGCAGCAUGAGUCCGAUGCUUAUCUACGAUAAAAAAACUGGAGAUGUUAGUUUUUCUUUCUAA